AUGUCAUACACACCGGUACCAUCUCUCCGCGACCAGGGUCGCCAUAUCGGCCCCGUGAACGUCGAGCAGACAUUGAAGGACGUUAACAUCCUCGGAUCUCUCAAUGACCAGACCCGCAAGAUCUUGAGCAAGGAAGCUACUGUGUUCCUUGCCGUACUCCACCGCACAUUCAACAGCACUCGCAAAGCACUGCUACAACGACGAGAGGUCCGCCAGGCAGAGCUGGACAAGGGCAAUCUCCUUGACUUCCUGCCAGAGACUCAGCACGUCCGCGACAACGACGCAUGGCGAGCUGCGCCGCCCGCGCCUGGUCUUGUGGAUAGGCGUAUCGAGAUUACCGGACCCACUGAUAGGAAGAUGGUGGUGAAUGCGUUGAACUCGGACGUCUGGACAUAUAUGGCAGAUUUUGAAGACUCAAAUGCGCCAACAUGGGAUAACAUGAUCAACGGUCAAGUCAACCUCUACGAUGCGAUCCGAAAGCAAGUCGACUUCAAGCAAGGCGAGAAGGAGUACAAACUCCGCACAGAUCGCGUCCUGCCAACUUUGAUCGCUCGUGCUCGUGGCUGGCACCUUGAGGAGAAGCACAUGACUGUCGAUGGCGAGCCGAUAUCUGCCUCUCUCUUUGACUUUGGUCUGUACUUUUUCAACAAUGCGGAGGAGCUAGUCCGACGUGGCACCGGUCCUUACUUCUACCUGCCCAAGAUGGAGAGCCACCUCGAGGCCAGACUUUGGAACGAUGCAUUCAACCUCGCACAAGACUACAUUGGCAUGCGACGCGGUACUAUCCGUGGUACUGUGCUGAUUGAGACCAUUCCAGCAGCAUUUGAGAUGGACGAGAUCAUCUACGAGCUUCGCGACCACUCUUCGGGCUUGAAUUGCGGCCGCUGGGAUUACAUCUUCUCAGUAAUCAAGCGGUUCCGCCAGAAUAGCGCCUUUAUCCUGCCCGACCGCAGCGCUGUCACCAUGACCGUGCCAUUCAUGGACGCCUACGUCAAGCUUCUCAUCAAGACCUGCCAUCAUCGCGGUGUCCACGCCAUGGGCGGCAUGGCAGCCCAGAUUCCGAUCAAGAACGAUGAAGAAGCGAAUGCAAAGGCCAUGGAUGGUGUGCGCGCGGACAAGCUUCGUGAAGUUCGUGCUGGCCACGAUGGAACAUGGGUCGCGCAUCCCGCUCUCGCAGCCAUUGCGGCAGACGUCUUCAACACGCACAUGCCCACGCCCAAUCAGCUCUUCGUCCGCCGCGAGGAUGUGCACAUUACUGGCAAUGAUCUCCUGAACAUGAACGUCCCAGGCAAGAUCACCGAAGACGGUAUUCGCAAGAAUUUGAACAUCGGUCUAGGUUACAUGGAAGGCUGGCUCCGUGGUGUAGGCUGCGUGCCGAUCAAUUAUCUCAUGGAGGAUGCCGCUACGGCCGAGGUGUCUCGCUCCCAGCUCUGGCAAUGGGUCAAGCAUGGCGUCCCCACCUCCGAGGGCAAAAAGGUGGACAAGCAGUAUGCGCUUAAGCUUCUCCACGAGCAGGCAGAUGAGCUGGAGAAAAGUGCUGGCAAGGGCAACAAAUACCAGCUUGCGGCGAAGUACUUCGCUACCCAGGUGACUGGAGAGGAUUAUGCUGAGUUCUUGACUUCAUUACUCUACAACGAGAUUACGAAUGUAAGCGACAAAACCCCGGCGGCAAAGUUGUAG